GACAUCUCCUUCUCACUCUCUCCCUAUCUGUAUACCACAACAACUACACAAAAUGUCGGGCCUAACCGAACUGUUCGAGUUCCUCUCGUCGCCCAACCCCGCGGCGCGCCAGAUCGCGCUCCAAAACCUCGUCGGCCACACGGCCAAGAACGACCCCGAGCGGCACAUCUUCAUCCCCUCGUCGUUUGCCGCCCUCCCCGGCGAGGCCAAGGCCGACGGCGGCGGCCUCCAGCCCCAGAAGCGCAAGACGGAGCACGAGGCCGACGAGGUCAAGGUCAAGGCGCUGCACGACCUCGCCGACCUGUGCCGCGACCAGGCGGCCAUUGCGCACGAUGCGCUGUCGGCGCUCAUCAACCUCAGUGACAACCUCAGCGUUGCGCGCCACCUCGCCAGCGAGCCGUUCUUGGUUUGGCUUGUGUCGUACACCGCGAACACGACGUCCCCCCUCUCCCCGCUGACGUCGAUGCUCCUGUCCAACCUCUCGUCCCACCCCACCCUCGUGCCCACCAUUGCGCACCUCACCGUCCCCAUCGUUCCCCUCCCCCUGUCGAAGCACUACCCCCCGUACUACUUCCCCGCGAGCGCAAGCUCCUCCUCGACCAUUCACCCCGACUACCGCGACCCCGCAUUCGUGCCUCCCAACAAGGAGGCCGGACAGGAGGAGGAGCGACCAGUCGAGGCGGUACGUGCGCUCGUCCAGGCGUUCGAAGACGGCGCCAGUGAGGGAGUCAAGGAUGGCAAGGGAAAGCGCAAGGGAGACUGCAACUUCCUUGCCUCGGUGUUUGCCAACAUUACCAUGAUCCCUGCCACGCGCGGUAUCCUCCUCACGCCUCAGCCAACGUUCCCCGCCCCGUCCAAGGAGGAGACGCCGUCCGACGACGAGGAGCCCCUGCUCUCCAAGAUUGUCGUGUACACCGAGUUCCCCGAGACCAUUAGGCGCGGUGGUGCGCUUGGCACCAUCAAGAACUGCGCUAUGGACCGGGCAUGCCACCCAUGGCUCCUGGCCACGGAAGACGAGCGUGUCAGGUUGCCCGCCGACCCCACUCGCUCCGUCAAGGGUGUCGAUGUCUUGCCAUGGGUGCUCGGUCCUCUGAUGGGCCCCGAAGAGUACGAUGUCGACGAGAUGGAGGUGCUGCCCGAGACGCUGCAGUUCCUUCCUCCCGAGAAGACUCGUGAGCGGGACCCCGUUCUGCGCAUGAUGUGUGUUGAGAUCCUGUUGCUGCUGGCUACGACCCACACUGGCCGCGAGGCGUUGCGGAAGCGAGGAGCGUACUAUGUUGUUCGCGAGGCGCACAAGGUCGAGACGGACCAGCAGAUCAAGGACGCGAUCGAGCGCCUUGUCGGCCUGCUCCAGGGCGAAGAGGGCCGCGACACCAAGGCGGACCGCUUGGACGACCUUGUGUCCAAGCCUGGUGCGGCUGCCGACGACGAGAUGGACGUGGUCGAGGUGUAGAUAGAGCGGGCUAGACACGGGCAGUUGCCGCCGUCUCUACAGUGUUGAUGGCUGGAAUGCUUUGCCGUCAUUGGCACGCUCUAACCGCAGAGGCGCCUCCCGUGAUGAGUGCUGGAAUGGCUUGGGGUCAGCGCCACCGAGUCAUUGUCAUUUUAGUAGAGCCAGCCAGUGUGUGUUCAUUAUGACAACAUUGGCCGAGGCGAGGCGGCAAGGAUGCAUAUUGGCUCCGAGACAGGCGAGGAGCGGCAAGUUGAUCUCGAGCCGAGGUCGGACUCUCCCCGUGCCUUUAAGGGCUUGUCGAAGUCGAGGUGGGGCAAGCAAGGCAGACGGGCAGUAUAGCGGCCAUGCCCAAACACGU